GGAAAGCUGCACGCGGUAGGUUAAUGCAGCAGGUAACUCGCUUGUGAAACUCAAAACAAUAAAGAAAUUUGUUUGUUUAAUUGGUUGUUUACGAAAAUAGUUAAAGUGAUGGAUAGUUUAUUAGAGUUACUUUUUGAUUUGAUGAAAUCACCACCAAUCACCAUAUCUUUGACGUUACUUUUUGGUUAUGGACUACACAAAGCUUUUAAAAGGAAAGAAAAUGCAAGUCAACCAGAAAAGCGAGCCAAGGAAAAGAGUGAUUCAGGAUCAGAAUCAUCCUCUAGUUUGAGUGAUGAUGGUAGUAGCGCUGGCGAUUACUGUAAAUUAGUGUUAAUUGUUAGGAAUGACUUAAAAAUGGGAAAAGGCAAAGUGGCUGCUCAGUGUGCACAUGCAGCAGUUGCAGCUUACAAGCAAGCUACAAAACAUCCAAGUAUACUAAAGGCAUGGCAAAACUGUGGUCAAACUAAAAUUGCACUCAAGUGCGACAACGAGACUGAAAUGUUGAGUUUGUACGAAGCUGCAAAGGCAAUAGGCCUUUUAUCAUACGUUGUUCGCGAUGCUGGUCAAACUCAAGUGGCGCCUGGUAGUUUGACUGUAUGCAGUGUUGGUCCAGGUCCAUGUGAAACCAUUGAUGAGAUAACUGGACACUUGAAGCUGUAUUAAAUAUUUUCAAUUAUUUACUCUUUAAGGUCAUUUGUCUUAUUUAGCAUUUUUCAAAUCUCAUUUUAUAAAUAAUUUAAUUAAAUGAAACUGAAAAUUCAACCCACUUGGUACAUGAAAAUACUCUGGGAAAUAUAUUUAAUUAACGAUA